AUGAUUGGUUUGUGGUCAUUGAACCGUACGAUAACGCGGACUUUUCCCCUCCAUGUCAAGCCAGUUCAAUUGCCGCCGUCUCAUUUAGCUUCUCCAGUUCCCCAGCACGAACUUGUCGAUGAAGAGGCUUGUCCGGCUUACAACCCGAAAUACGUUUACCCGGCCAAGCCAGGAGAGAUACUUGCCAACCACUAUCAACUAUUGGUGAAGAUUGGCUGGGGAACACGUUCAACCAUAUGGCUGGCGAAGGAUAUUAAAAGAUAUAUUUGGCAGUCCGACCGUUUUGUGGCGCUGAAAAUAAUAAAUAACCGCAGCUCUCUCGAUGCUUACCAUGAGCGCGACAUCGAAGAGCACAUUUCCCGACAAAACCCGAUACCCGCGGUCGUGGGAUUAUUCGAACCUGCCUGGAUAGCUUUGAGGUGA